CCGAGUAGGGACCUACAGCGGGCGCGGCGGCGGCGGCGGCGGCCUGCGGCCGGCGGUGCAGACACCCCUUCCCGGGAGCCGGGACCCGCCGGCCGGUGUUGCCCAGAAUAUCAGAGCCUUGGAAGCAACCAUUUUUUGGGAUCCUACACCUACUGUGGUGGUGGAUUAAAAAGGAGGACGCAGUAUGCGCCCAAGAAGUAACUGUUUCUCUGCCGAUCACAAAGUGAAAUGAAGGAUGGCCCCUAAGGAUUUUAUCAUGUGAAGCCUCUCUGGAUUUCUCUUUUCAGAAAUGCAGAUAAAGAAGAUGAAGGAUAUCGGACAGCAGUUAUAUACCACACAAGUGAACGACGCACAGAAUUCCUUGACCAUGUCACCCAAACAGCCUAAUGCUAAUAGAGCGACUCGACCAGACAGACAAGAAGCGCAGGCCCUGUUAUGUCAAGGCUCAGAGGCGGAGGCUGCCGUGAUGACGGUUGCUACGUGUGUAAAGUGCAAAAGUGUCCACAGAAUCCCGCUUCGAGAUCCCAAGAAGGGUACUGGGCAAAGCCAAAAGGACGACAAGUAUGUUUGCUUCACAUGCAACCUUGGCAUGGCUUCUUCCCAUUUUCAUUUUGUGAACAGUAAUCCCAGUGCAGCUCACGUAGGAAAUAAAGCUGAGACCAUCUCAGGUUCCGUCAGUAACAAAUUUAAGGUAAGGAACUUUAAGCCCGGCAAAUACUAUUGUGAUAAAUGUCGAUUUUCCACAAAGGACCCUCUGCAGUACAAAAAGCACACGCUUCAACAUGAAGAGAUUAAAUUCAUCUGUUCUCACUGCAGCUACAUUUCCUACACAAAAGGGGAGUUUCAGAGGCACUUGGUGAAACACACGGGCAUAUUCCCUUACCAGUGUGAGUACUGCGACUAUGGCGCUAUCAGAAACGACUACAUCGUCAAACACAGGAGGAGAGUGCAUGAGAGGGCCGGUGGAAAGCGGCCGCCCAAAACCGUGGCCAAGCUGGAGCCGAAAAGAGCCGGCGCAUCCAAACAAAACGCAGAGCUUUUAAAAGCUCCCAGUCCGAGGACUGCGUUUCAAAAUCGGUUGUCGGAUCAACUCUCAAGGUUCUCCCUCCAUACAAAUAAGGACAAAAUGCACAAUAUCAUGUUGCUGCCUGAAUCCAAGGAACACCAGAAAGAUGUAGUGUGUGUUCCGAAUAAAGUGACCUUGUCGGAGCCAAACGAGGUCAGUCUGUUUGAGAACAAAAGCGUGGAGGUGGAAGUGCUGUCCCCUGCAAAAGAGCCCGUGCAGCCGGGAAUGCCCUUGACAGUCGUGGCACCGGCGGAAUUAGUUGUCCCUGCAAACUGUCUAGCCCAGUUGAUGGAUGUGAAGGUUGUCAAUGGAACCCAGCAGCUCGUCCUGAAACUGUUUCCUCUGGAAGAAGGUAACCGCCCUGAAGCCAGCGGGGCUGAGGGAGGGAGUUCUGAGCGUAUGACUAACGAAAAGGGUUCAACCGAACGGGAAAAAAUGGCUUCUGCAGGACAUACAAAGCCACCGCCGAUUGAAGGGAAUGUCGGAAAACUCGCAGGCUUUGAUAAUCUCCAUUCUGCGGUUCAGAAACAACUUAAAAAUGUGAAGUGGGUGAGGUCUUACGACUUUUUCCUGUCAGAUUCUCGUGUGCACAACCGUGGGGAAUCCCUCCUCAACCCAGAUACAGUGGAGGAUUUCCAGAAAAAAAGUAGCACGUAUCCACAUAGACCGGCCCUUCCGUCUCUCUCCUUCAAAGGUCAUUCUCCAUCAGCUAUAGUAAAACACAGUGUUUUACAUGGUCUCAGAACCGCAUCAAGCCCGUUUCCACAUAAAGCUGCUGUUUCUUUUACUGAGGAUAGAAGACAUUUACACAGCGACUCACACUCGUUCUUCCCUCUUGCUGCACCACCUGCAGCUGUGCCCUCCGGAGACCAGGGCUUGUUGCCUGUGAGCACAAAUCACUUGGAAUCUAGAAAUGAGAUCAGUGUUCCUGCAAAAAUGGCUCCCUCCCACAGGAAGCUGAAGGACAAGCAGACAGAGGAACACAAGGCAGGUUCAAAUACAGGCCAGAUUGCCUCUCAACGCAAAAGGGAGUAUUUACACCUAAGUAUACCUGGAGAAGAUAGCAUCGGGGCUCUGCCGCCUGGGGAGGAACCCCUGGAACUAAAGAAUCCAGAGAGGACUAAAGACUCUUUCGAUGGCCCGGUCAUCUCGUCAGUAUUUUCUCUGAGCUCUGGGUCCGAAAAUGUCCCUGAGGGUGUUAAAUGGAAUAGUUCCACGUCCAAAAUAAAGUCAAUUGAACUCUUGCGCAGAAAGAUAGCUCAGUUAAUUGAAUCCUGUGGCAAGCCUUCAUCUUUGUCUGCAAAUAAUGCACAUCGCCGUUCUGUAGGGCAGGCCUCGAAGGGAACCUCGAAAGCUGCUCCUGAAGGUAUUCACGAAAUUAACGUGUCAUUUACUGGCACCGGCUAUUCCACAGGCACGCUCCCCAAACCUCAGGAUGACGGCGCUGUUAAUGGACAGCUUACUCAUCAGCAAAUGUAUCCACAGUUUAUGGAAGACAGCAAUGGGAAAACUGAAAGCAGAGUGACCAGGAAGGCCCAUGUUGCUACUCCAGUAUUGAUCCCCAAAGGGGCUGUGUUGAGGGUUCUUAAUUCUUCUGAGGAUGCCCACAUUAUAGAGGCUACGUGUGAAGCACCCGUCAGUAUACCUUGCAGUGAGACACAGUUAAUAAAACCCAUCCCGCUCUGCCCAGUGAGACAGACAGACUCAGACUUGCAGUCUUUGACAAGUAAAAGUGGGCCAGUAGAUGUGUCCCAAAAUCUUGAUAUACCUCUUCGGCCAAAACCAAGGAAAGAGAGUGCUACUUGUAGCACCAUGCCUAAAAAAACUGGCCCCCUACACAGUCACCAAGGAAGCAGUGAACCAAGUAAGCAAGGGAAACUGCUCCCCAGAAGUCUUCCUAUAAGUAAAAAUAAAACCAAACAAGUGAACUCAUCCAAGAAGAAAACCAAAAUCCAGGCUGACCCCAGCCGCUAUCUCAAGGAUCCUUCAAUUUUUCAGGUCACAAGACAACUUCGACUGAUAGCAGCUAAACCAGACCAGUUGAUUAAAUGCCCCCGUCGGAAUCAGCCUGUCAUUGUGUUAAACCAUCCUGACGUUGACUCACCAGAAGUGACCAAUGUGAUGAAGGUAAUAAACAAGUACAAAGGCAACGUCCUCAAAGUCGUCUUAUCAGAGAGGACUAGGUGUCAGCUAGGCAUCAGACGGCAUCACGUCCGUCUGACCUACCAGAAUGUGGAGGAAGCCAAUCAAAUAAAAAGGCAAAUGAUGUUGAAAAUGAAACUUAAAAAAGUUCAUAAAAACAACUACCAGGUGGUGGAUUCCUUGCCUGAUGACUCAUCCCAGUGUAUAUUUAAGUGCUGGUUUUGUGGGCGGCUGUAUGAAGACCAGGAAGAGUGGAUGAGUCAUGGCCAACGGCAUUUGAUAGAAGCUACUAGAGAUUGGGAUGUUCUUUCCUCCAAAGGCAAAUAAGUAAAAAGUGGUCUUUGAAGCAAAUUGUUUUUCUUACUUUUAGUUUAUUCUAGUUUGCUUUUGUUUUUUUUUUCUCCUCCCUGACUCAGUAGGAUAAAUGGAGAUUGUAGGGAUGAGAGAGUCAUUAAUUCUUCAGAACUCUUGUAGGAAUGUUGAGAGCCAGGAGUCUUAACCCGAGAUAAGUGACUGGAACUUGGAAUGUGUUUGAGGCCCCUGAAAUUACGCACAAAUCCACGUACAGGUGUUUUCCUGGAGAGAAGUGAAACUUGCAGAUUUCCACUGGGAUCUGAGACUGCUUUGUGUAGCACCCCUUUUACUGAGUAGAUACAAAUUUGUUGUAAUCUAUUCAAAAGGGUGAGUUCAGAGUGUUUUACACAUGCUACUGAGGGAUUAAGCCCAGAUGGUGGUGUGCACAGCCAUCCCGUCAUUAAGUCAUGUGCUAUUUGGUGCAUAAUGGCAAUUAAACUUUCUACUUUGUUACCUUAAAUUCGGUUAUAGAAAAAUGGCUAUUCUUUUAAAUUCCUCACCCCCUCUGUAGUACUUGUGUCGUUUACAGCACAGAGUACUGUGCUGCUGUUGGCCAUUUUAAAGGAUGAUUCCAAGGUUUGCUUGAAUCUACUAUAGUAGACGUUAGGGGAGGAAGGAAACAUUUCCAAACCUUUGCUUUCUUUUUUAAACAUCCUGGUUUGGGACAGUUGAGGAGGGAAUGUGCCUUUAAAAAAAAAAAAAAAAAAAAAAGGUCACAGAAAAGAUCUAGAACUAAGGCUGCUGUUUGCCCUUAGCCACCCUCACAAACAUAAGCCGAUUUAAAAUGUGAACGAACAGGCGUCUUGUGACAUAGGUGACACUGGGGAAGACCAUGCAAGGUAGGGUGGUGCAGGUAGUUAUGACUUUAAUGUGACUACCAGUUUUCAUCUGAGAACUCACGGGCGAAGCCUGCACACACUUCCCCCACAGACACUGCCCCCCUCCCCAGCUCAUAUCCUGCUCUCCCUUUGCCAAAUUCCUGAACAGACCCUCCUAUGGAGUAGGAUGCUUCCCUGCUCACCUCCUGUCCCCUUCCUUUUGUGCCUUUGAGGCCCCUUAAGGCUUUCCCUCGUGAAAAUACUAAAAACAAGCAAGAAUCAGCAAAGGGGAAGCAUCUCACCAUCUUUGUUGAGGUUAUAGGAAAAGUAUGCCUGGUUUUCAACGGUCAUGGUGACGUUGUCCCUCUCACCCACCUUUCCGAGGUAGUAAUUCUCAAGAACAUCUACCGCUGUCUCCACCGACAAAGGCCAGGACCACGGCUGGUCCACACAGCACCUCCAUGUGCGUUAGGAAGAGUUCCUCCCAGAGAGAUGGCCUGGCAGAUGGAGCUCGGACUGGAUUUAUUCCUCACUUGCCCGCUCAGGCACCAACCAUCACACAGAACCCUAAAGGGACGACCACAAGGCAGCCCCACCUCCGUGUUUUUCUUCCUUUUAAGCCUGCUCUUUCCUUAGGGAAUUGGUUAGUGCAGUAAAUGAAAUGGGGGGCCGUUUUGUCUGCAAAAGACUUGAGUGAGAUUUCCAUUGCGUUGGUUAGUCGGAACUUUACGAUUUUUUUUUUUACAUGUGUGAAAGAUUAUCUUCUGAUAGAUGUGGGAUGGUAAUUCUUUGUAGUUCUCAAGUGAAAUGUAGAUCAACAUUUCUUAUGUAUAAUUGAAUACAUAAUCAUUAAGUUGACUAAUUGGUUAAUUUUUAUUGAAAUUUAAAACUUGGGUUUUUUUUAUAUGUGUAUAUAUGUUUGUGUGUACACAUAUAAAUAUUUUUUACCAUAUAAAAACUGCAGUAGCUGAUUUUCGGUUUUCCUAUUUUAUAACAAAAUUAUGUGGGCUGGAGAAAUAGAAGACGUUUUAUAUUCUAGAAAUUAUUUUGGAAGCACAUUUUUAUAAUGGUGUGGUCUCAUUUUUAGCAAAUGAAAGCACAAGUGAUGAGUCUGAUUUAUAUGAACAAAUAGGAGUAGAAACCGCUGAGGAUCAUUUCAUGACAGUAUUUCCUCCCCUGUGCAUUUCCAGUUGGUGCUUUCUGGGAAAUGGACCCUGUGUACCGCUCACUUUUCCACCCAGAGGAGAGGAUUCGGCAGUGUCAGCCAUGUGUAGAUGUGUACCCUGCCAGGAGCUAGAAGGCUCCUAAGAUGUUGAGAGAAGAAAAGGCUGUGAUUUUUUUUUUUUUCCUCCUUCUAUACCUCACUGCUUAGUAGCAUCUUUCUUGAGAGGCUAGACCGUGACCUUUCAGGAAAGAUGACCAUGAAUCAGGUCAGAGUGUUAAGUGUCAACAUGAAAUAUUUAUACUUUGCAGCACCAACUGUUUUUCAAGUAUUACCUAAAACUCAGCUUAUGUACUUGUAUGGAGCUAAAUUUUAUCAGUAGACUGUGUAGCUAAGCUUUGGGGGGGAUUUCCAGAACUACAGUACUUUUUAAGGAAUUGAGAGGGCUCCUGAAAGUCAUAAAAAAUGAGAAAGCAAAACAUGUCUGUCCUCCCGCUAUAAAGAACUUUAUUUAGCAGAUAGCUUGUUAACAUGUAGGUAAAUGUCAUGAAAUAAAUACUUCUAACAAAAUUGGACAAGGUAGGGGUAUAACUGUGCUGAGUAUUUAUGGACUCCUACCUUGAUUUUGAAGGACCUGUACUCAUGAAAUUUUGUUGAUAGUGUUUACCAAUAAAAUCAUUUUAAACACUUCUUAAGGUAGAGUUUCUUAACUUUUGGGGGUCAGAAAUGAGAUGAUCUUAUUAUAGUUAUGAUAUGACAAAGUGAAAAUUUCUCAAAAAUGACCUCACAGUCUCGUAGAUCAUAUUUUACCCCAAUUUUUAUCCCCAGCCCCAAACAUUUUGUGACCCUACUAUGGGCCAAGUGCUAUUUGUUAAACUAAGCUGAACACAGUAUAUUAACCCUAAAAAGCUCCAUCCCGUUCCUUCACGACCUACUAAAUAAACCAUCCCAGAAAAUGAGGAUGUGAUGUGGCUCGGCCUUUGGAAUCGUUUUUGAAUGUGUAAAUGUCAGUAUGAGCAGAAAACAAAAUAUUGCAUAACACGUUUUAAGCAUUAUUGUAAGUCCCACGUUAACAGUUCUGUGUCUGCUGCUCUAGUUUCGAAACACAUUUGUAUAUAGAUAGAGAUGUUGGCGUCACUUUUGUUAAAUAAAACAACUGUAAAACGUU